AUGCCCUCUAAAAUUCAACUCGAUGAAAAUCUCGUCUUCUUGUAUAUCUGUCUCCAGAAAUCGGAUAUGAAAACUAUCGACUUCGCAGCCGUAGGCGCAACAACCAAUCUUAAACCUCCCGCAGCACGUAUGCGAUAUACAAGACUUAAGAGACAAAUUGAAAAGGGGGUUAUCGGGUCGGGGUCGGGAUCGAAUGGGAGGGGAAGUGGAAGAGGGGGGAGGGAGAGGGGCGGUGGAAAGGGAAAACAGAAGAGGGAGAAGAUGGAGGUGAUGGAGGUGAAGGAGAAGAGGGAGGUGAAGAGGAGCAGAAAGGAUGAGAAUGAGGAUGCGGAUGCGGAUGCGGAUGCUGAUGUGGAUACGGAACCUCCAAUUAAACUCGAGCCACGCUCCUCAUUCUCCUCAUUCUCGGAUUCUUCUUUAGAAUGGGAACAGGAACGAGAACGAAGCGUGGAUAUGCAUAUGCAUGCGGGUGUAGCUGAUGCAGAUAGCGACGAUGCAGAUUCAGAAGAUGAGAUGCCACUUGCGAAACGAAGGGGUGGUUUGUAUGGAAACCGACAUCAACGCGGGGAGGAUAUUUUGAUGCUUGGGGCUGGGAUUGGGGUUGGGGGUGGGCUUUCUUGUUCUGGGAGUUCGGCCCGGGGUGGGGAUGGUGGUGGGUAUGGAAAUGUUGGCGUUACCAAUGAAGAGCGCGAAAACCCGCACACCAAAAACGACAUCGGGAGAACCUCGAGAAACUCAAGAAAUGGGAUUGAUGGAAUAGAUGGGAUAGAUGGGAUAAAAGAGCUCGCGGAAUAUGCGCAUUUAUGGGGUACGGAGAGGGUUGCGAGGGAAGAGGGGAGUGCGGGUAUGGGUAUGGGUAUGGGUUUGGGGAGUGUAGAGUUGAAUCACGAUAGAGAAGAUGGAGAUUUGUCAUUGAAUUGA